AAAAGCAAAUAAAUUAGAAAAAAAAAUAAUAAAAAAUAAAAAGUAGAAAAUAAACUACAAAAUCCAACAAACACAAAAUGGAGGGUUCAAAUAGUCCACGUGAUAUGCUACUGCUCAAUGGGCAUGCCGAAGGUGCCGCGCAUCACUUGGGCCUAACAAAUGGCGGCGCUAGCGGUAGCAACAGUUUGCCAGCUGGCAAUGUGAAAACCGAUCACUUUAAUGGUGAUGAUCUGUCGUCGAGCAGUUUUAUGUCCAUUCCACAAUUCUAUGCGGGACGUAGUGUAUUCAUAACCGGAGGCACUGGAUUUAUGGGAAAGGUUCUUGUUGAAAAAUUAUUACGUUCAUGUCCAGACAUAAAAAAUAUUUAUCUAUUAAUAAGACCAAAACGAGGACAAGAAGUCUCAGCGCGUUUAAAUGAGCUGCUUAAUGCACCGCUUUUUGAAACAUUGCGAAGGGAGAAACCAAAGGAAUUGAGUAAAGUUAUUCCUAUAUCUGGUGAUAUAACAUCCGAGGAAUUGGGCAUCUGUGAAAAUGAUCAGGCGCUACUUUGUCGCACAGUAUCCAUUGUAUUCCAUUCAGCUGCCACCGUGAAAUUCGAUGAAAAGCUCAAAUUAUCUGUCACAAUCAACAUGCUUGGGACAAAGCGUUUGGUUGAGUUGUGCCAUCGCAUGAUGUCCUUAGAUGCACUAAUACACGUCUCCACUGCCUAUUGCAAUUGCGAUAGAUCCGAGGUAUCAGAAGUUAUAUAUGCACCACCCUAUAAUCCCGACGAUAUUAUUUCUUUGAUCAAUUGGCUUCCUGAGGAUAUGCUCGAUCAGCUAACCCCAUCGUUGAUUGGCAAACGCCCCAAUACGUAUACAUUUACGAAAGCCUUAGCGGAGCAUAUGCUACUCAAAGAAGCUGGCAAUCUGCCUGUGGCCAUUGUGCGGCCUUCUAUAGUGAUCGCCAGUUUGAAUGAACCGUUUGCCGGUUGGGUGGAUAAUUUUAAUGGUCCAACUGGUUUGGUAGCCGCCGUCGGUAAAGGUCUAUUCCGCACAAUAAUGUGUGAAAAGAAUUAUGUUGCCGAUAUGGUACCUGUCGAUAUUGUGAUUAAUUUAAUGAUUGCCGCAGCAUGGCGCACAGCGACGCGAAAAACUGAUAAUUUAGCGAUAUAUAAUUGUUGUACUGGACAACGACAUCCCAUACAAUGGGGUGAAUUUGUUAGUUAUGCCAUGAAACACGUACGAAAGCAUCCACUGGAGGGCUGCCUGUGGUAUCCGACGGGUGUGUUACGCAUGAAUCGUCCAUUGAAUGCAGCACAUGGCUUCCUUGUACACUACUUACCGGCCUAUAUAUUGGAUAUUGUCGCGCGACUGAUGGGCAAGAAGCCAUUCAUGGUAAAUAUACAAAAUAAAAUCGCCAAAGCUGUUGGCUGCUUGGAAUACUUUGCUACACACCAGUGGCGAUUCAGAGACGACAACGUGCACGCACUCCUCAACGCGCUGAGUCAAAAGGAUCGCGAAACGUUUGUGUUCGAUGUGCGCACCAUUAACUGGGAGAACUAUGUUGAGCGUUAUGUAUUGGGCUUUAGGGAAUUCUUAUUUAAACAACGUCCAGAAUCGCUGCCUGCGUGUCGAAAGCGUUUGAUGCGAUUGUAUUAUCUGCAUCAGCUGACCAAAGUGGUGGCGGUGAUGUGCACUUGGCGCUUCCUAAUGGCGCACUCGAAACGUCUGAAUGCCUUGUGGACGGCAUUCUUGCAGAACGUCUUCAAACUUAUACGAUUAAUACCAUUUUUGUAAUAUUCAAAACGGACGGUGCAGUGCAGUUGAAUUAUAUAUAUAUAUAUAAAUAAAUAAAUACAUAUGUAGCAGCAAAAGCAGUAGUGGGGAGAAGAAAUAACAAAACGCUCUUAUGCUGUUAUAAUUGCAUAAAUAUUUAAAUUAAUUGUGUAUGAAAUGUUUACUUGAUACAAUAUAUACGUAUAUAUAUAUAUUUGUAUUUAUAUGCAUAUAUUAU